UUCUCUCUGUCUAAAUAAUUCUAUAGCCAAAAGCUUCGUUUUUUCUUUUCGCUUGGUCCUCUCAUGUCGUCUUCAAGAGGACACUACAGGGGAGUAAGGGAGAGACCAUGGGGAAGAUACGCCGCCGAAAUACGCGAUCCAUGGAAGAAGACAAGGGUUUGGUUGGGUACAUUCGACACACCGGACGAAGCUGCACGCGCUUACGACGGCGCCGCCCGAUCCCUUCGUGGUUCCAAAGCUAAACCAACUUCCCCAACACACCAUCAUCAUCUUCGCCGCCUCUCUCUCUGGAUCUCAACCUCGCCUCUCACCAUCGUUGGCCUUCAGGCUUUAGCUUCAGCUCAACAUCACCGUUUAGCCGCCAUGGGUGACUCUCUGCACACUGGGAUUAUUAAAGAAAUGAACUUUGUCGAUGACCGGUCUUCGACGGGCCCGUGUUGUUGAGGCUUUUCUACAAAGCACACAAAC